AUGGAGACGCGAGUGUGCGCUACCGGUAGCACGGUAUCCGGUGGAACGUCAGCGGAAACGGCGUCGAGAGGCGUCGCGACGCCCUCGCCCUCACCUGUGCCCUCGCUCCCAGCCUCCUCCGGGACCGCGAGUAUCGGUAUCACCGCCUCCGCGGUUCUAACUUCCGCGGGUUCUAUGCAAAGCUCAUCGAGUCCAGUGGUGUUAUCAAGCCCGCCUGUUGUCUCUACCCACGCCAGUCUGCCCAAAAUACUCAGCAGAAAUGUCAACGGAACACUUGUCCAGACAUCUGUGCCGCAAAACGAAGCCGAACUACAACUUUAUCGUGUUAUGCAACGUGCUUCUCUUUUAGGAUAUUAUGAUACGCUUUUAGAAAUGGGUGGUGACGAUGUACAACAACUUUGUGACGCUGGUGAAGAAGAGUUUCUAGAAAUAAUGGCAUUAGUCGGUAUGGCGACGUUAUUUCAAACACCAGUAGUACCGUCUAACACGGCACCCGCGAAGAGCGGUAGUUCGACAGGCGUACCGAUACCCGCGGCGAGCCCGCGAACUCAUCAAACAAAUUCCUCAAUAUUUCCGCUGGCUCAAACAAGCCCGACAACACCGUUCUCCUCGACGACCCACGUGCCUCUUACACCGUUGCCUUGCAGAAGUGUUAGUCCUGUUACGCCGGUAACAACUGUUAUUGCACCUGCUGCCUCUACAUUUCGACACAGCCCGAGUCCCAAUACGCCGAUCGCUUACACGGGUUCUCACAGUCCCGGAGUGCUUCAAGUCGGAACCUGCGAGUCAUCCUGCGGAAGUGGUACAACCCCCAGCCCGAGUGGUGGCGGAGGAGCACCACCUAGUCCCACACAAGUAACGCCGACGUUAUUGCCAUCGCAGGUACAGCGACUCGCGGAUGCAGCCGAAAGACUCGCCUGUAACUUGAGACCGUUGGACCCGAAACCUCACAAUGUUAAGAAAAAAAUUUGCAAAAAUCUCGAGCAGAUUGUUAUGGCGAUGCCGGAGAACGAUCCCAGGAGGAUGGAGGAGAUAAGAAAGUACGCGGCUAUUUAUGGACGGUUUGAUUGCAAAAGAAAACCCGAAAAACCGCUGACACUCCACGAGGUGUCUGUAAAUGAAGCUGCUGCGCAAAUUUGCCGGUUUGUUCCAGCUCUCCUGACCAGACGGGACGAAUUGUUUCCUCUGGCCCGACGUGUUGUUCGUGAUUCCGGAUACCACUACUCCAAAAGUCAAUUCCUAAUGACAAGACGCGGCGAAAAUGGGGACGAAGAGACUGAGAAAAUUAAGCGCCAGCAUCUCGACGCAGAUGCUGAGGGUGAGGACACAUCCCAGGCCGAGUUGGAUUUACGCUGUACCGGGACGGAUAUCAACAGUACUUUAAGACGACAUGCCUCCUCAAGUCCAGUUUGGAGGAAGAAGAGUAACAACGGUGUGUUUAUGACCAAUAUCGAAGAAGUCAGCGACACUGAUAGUCAAUUUUCAUUUUCUAAUGACGAAUCUUUGCAUGAUAUCAACGAAUUGGACACCGAAAAUACGGAUAAAGAAAGUGAUUUUAAUUUAAAAGUAAUUGCUUCUCGAGGAGAUAACAUUAUUGCUGUAGCGAACCCAGCGUUGAUGGAAUGCAACCAUCCUACAAUAAAAAAAGAGCCUGAGGACGAGAAGUCAACAUUGUGA